CCUCCACUAAAACAUUGGCACCCUUCACAUUCAGAGGUGAGCUGGGGUCUACCAGGUGGACACUCAGCCUUCACCCUGGGACUUCAGAGAUUAGUGACAGAGAUGGCUCUUUAAGUGGACUACGGGAAGUGGACCGAAGCUCAUGAACCAAAACUGAAUGAUGAAAAGAAGUGAAAAGCCAAACUGGGUUCCAACUUACGAUGCCAAGGAUGAUUUUUUCCUGCUACACCAGGCCUACCAAGUCUUGAGGACACCAUCUAUCCAACCAAGAAGUCCCUAAGCAGGGGCUUGGAGAUUCAGAUCCUUGCACAAUGUCCCUCCCGGGACAUCACACUUGGACUCAUGGAGGCAAGGCACCAUCGCGUGACCGAUGCUCGCUGCAAGAAUUAUACACAUCAGCUGAGAAUUUUAAUAACAAGAGCAAGAAAUCAAAUUUCCAAAAAAUCUGUGGCAUCUCAUUUGAGGAAGCUCGGCAACUCCUUGGGAAAGACCUGAGUGCCAGAUCAUUUGACAGUCGUCAAGCUGUGAGAAAAGAUGAGCCCCUCCCUGCCAAGCAGACCCAAGUUAAAGAGGAAGAGGAGGAGGAGGAGGAGGAGAAGCCCAUGUCCAUGGCAGAUCUACUUCACUACAGCCUGUUGACAGGGUUCCUGGUCCCAGUGGAGCAGCUAUCCAGGUCCCAGCAGAGACUGGCCCAGGUCGGCAUCCCUCCUCCCAUACACUCUUUUCCUUAUGCUUUCAGGACAGAUGAGCCCAUAGCUACGCCAACACCCACCUUUAGGAAGAGAAUUCAAAGCACCACGUUUCACAAACUUCUCCUGUCUUCUGUUGCCCCGGACAGGCUGGUCUUUGAAGAUAAAUCGAUGCGAUUCUUCUCCACAGAGCCAGGAAAGCAGUUCAUGGACCUGGUGGACCUGGAGUGGAGGUAUUUCAAGGGGCUUGCAAGGUGGGGACGUGUGCCCACGAAGUUUUCAUUUAUGGACAUACAAUUCAACAGUGAGAAGAGAUUCAUAGAGAGCCAAGGCAUGCCUGGGCUUAUUUUUCCUCCUCUAGUUCGUAAGACUUUGGUGAUUUAUCCUCAAAUUCUCUCUCAUAAAGAGGGACAUUAUUCUCUUAAAUGGGAUGUAUAGAAAACCGAAAUAUUUGGAUAUGGAUUGUUGCAUUUGAGAACAUUAAAUUUAUGGAGGAGACAGAAAA